AUGGAGUCCCUAACGAAAAAAGAGCUGCUAAGUGACUCGACUGGUUUGCCGUUUAUUGAUAGAGCGUGGGAUGAACCUGAUGAUGAUGCCGAUACUGCAGCACCAGGACCUUGA